AUGCACAGGAAAAGACGAGUCAGUCCAAAGACAGAGGCAAAACUGUAUGUUUCCACUAAAAGGGACAAAGCGGGACUCGAUGUCAAAUACAUCAACAGUUUUAAAGGUGAGUUGAAUCCUUUGAAAGUUUAAUCAUUCUAUAACUUUCUUUAAAUUCUCUCUCAUUUGUAUUUCUUAUGUGACCCAGGUCGGGGUAUCUUCACUUCUGCUCCUUUUGAAAAAGGAGAUUUUCUGUUAGAAUACAGAGGUGACCUAAUAAGUCAGCAAGAAUGUGAAAGGAGACUACACCUAUACCAUGACCACCUGAAGGCAUUCAUGUUCGAAUUUCGUUAUAAUGGAAAACUGUGGUGGUGCGUAUUGUUUCAUUGGGUUAUUAUUUGAUCAAAGUUACACUUCUUUUCUAAUGUGCUGAGCAUACAGAUAUAUUUUUAAGGAAAGCCCUUGUGUUACCUCUAUUAAACUACCAAGGUAGAUCAAAUUAGACACUUACGUUGUUAUUUCUGUUUUUAUAGUGUUGAUGCAGCACAAGAGGAUGGGUCACUUGGUAGACUUGUGAAUGAUGACCAUAAGGCCCCUAAUGCCAAAAUGAAGUACUUACACAUGGAGGGAAAGCCUCAUCUGUGUCUGUUUGCAGCUCGAGACAUUAGCCCAGGAGAAGAAAUAACUUAUAACUAUGGUGAUUCAGACUGGCCAUGGAGGCACAAGGUGUUAAUUUUCUUUCUUUGGAAAACUUAAUAUGUCCCUGUUUAAUUUGUAUUAGUGUAUUUAGUCUUAACGCUAACUUUUUUUUGCCAAAUAAAAGGGCUGAGAUUGACAAUCUAACUGAUUUAAACAGAGUAAACUGAGUCAAGUUAAACACAUGACAAUAGCUGUUGUCAAACAGUUUUUAAAGCUUUGAUUUAAGAUGAACUAAUUAAGUUUAGUAAAAAAUAAACAAAAUUACUACAAACAAAAAAAAAAUUCAGAAAAAUAGCUGUAAUGCCUCCCUCAAAGGGAAAUUUAAGGAAAAAAACUUUCAUAAUGACAUCUCCUCUAUCUUCUUGCAGAGGCUUGAUGAGGACAAGCCUCAGAAUGUGUCCAAAGUUACAGAUUCACAGUCUACAGCUGCAGAUGCUAAAGAGGUAAACUGUCAUAAAAACUGUAUUUGGUUAUAUUUAGGCUAGUCUGUCUCACAAAGUUUACCAGGACAAUUAAAUCAAAGUUGUCUCACUGUAAUCAUGUCAGCACUAUAAUUGCUUGAUUAAAAAAUGCACAAGUUUCCAUUCUGAGUUAUCUUUGUUUGUACCUGUCAAUUAAUUUGAUCUAGAUGUUGAUGCUGGAGACUAAGGGUAACUUGAUCAAAACUUCACUGAGCUUUCCAAUCCAGACACUGAAAAGUCCUGCAAGGGGUCCACCCAACCAACAUGAGGAGGUGAGUUUAAACCUGCUGCAGAGCUUUUUGAUACCCAAUGAUGUCCACAUCAGUCUCCUGAUUAUCUUAAAUAGAGCAUAAUGUAGAACGUCAGAUCAGGACAUAACCAAGCAUGUUUCUGUAAAUUAAAAUAAUUAUAUGAAAUGAAGUUGUGUAUGCUUAUGCCAGGAAAUUUCAUUUUUAUAUUUCAAACUAAGAGUAGAAUCUCAGCAUCUUCUCUGAAAAUCAAAAAAUCACAAGAUCUUCCUCUUAAAUGUUUCCAAUCAGAGCCUUAAUGAGGAAAGGUCUCAGAGAGUGUCUGAAGUUACAGAUCUAGAGUCUACAGCUGCAGGAGCUAAAGAGGUAAACUGUUGUAAUUUUUUAUUUUUUUAAAUCGUAACAGUAUGAUUGCUUUUUUCAAAAGAACAAGUUUCCAUUCUGACUUGCCUUUGUUUGUACUUGUUAACUAAUUUGAUCUAGAUGUUGAUGCAAGAGACUGAGAGCAACUUGACUCCAAUAUCACUGAGCUUCCCAAACCAGACCCUGAAAAGUCCUGCAAUGGCUCCCCUCAAUCAACAUGAGGAGGUGAGUUUAAACCUGCUGCAGAGCUUUCUGAAACCCAUAUCCACAUCAGUCCCCCUCUCAAGCCUUAGUGUACAGUAUCAUCAGCAAGUGUAUGCAGUAAGUUUAAAUCAGGAUUAAAACAGGCAUGUAUUUCAAAAUUUACAGAUAAUUUUAAGGGAAUUUUUAAUAUUCAAACCAGAAAAUAAGAUUGUUGCAACUGAAAUCACCUGAGGACACACGUCUCCUCUUUGAAAGAAUGUAUGUGAUAUAAUUUUAAGGGACACUGUUGUGUAGGGACUGUAAUGUAGUCUAAAAUUCAAAGUUCGUCAGUAUUUCAAUCAGGAGGGUGUGUGUGUAACUAAAUAAUAUACGUUUUAUCUGGGCAGUGUUAUGUAGGGACUUUCACAUAUAAAACAAUCACAAGUUUUAUAUCAAUGUUAGAAUCAGUUGAGUGUAUGUGUAUCUCAAUUUGAUAUGAUUUAAAGGGACACUGUUAUGUAGGGACUUUCACACAGAGUACAAUAACAAAUCUUGAGUCAGUGUAAGAAUCAGUUGAGUGUAUGUGUAUCUCAAUAUGAUAUGGUUUAAAAGGACACUGUUAUGUAGGGACUUUCACACAGAGUACAAUCACAAGUCUUGAGUCAGUGUAAGAAUCAGUUGAGUGUAUGUGUAUCUGAAUGUGAUAUGGUUUAAAGGGACACUGUUUUGUAGGGACUUUCACACAGAGUACAAUGUCAAGAUUUUAAGUCAGUGUAAGAAUCAGUUGAGUGUAUGUGUAUCUGAAUGUGAUAUGGUUUAAAAGGGACACUGUUAUGUAGGGACUUUCACAUAUAAAACAAUCACAAGUUUUAUAUCAAUGUUAGAAUCAGUAGGGUGUAUGUGUAUCUGAAUGUGAUGUGGUUUAAAGGGACACUGUUUUGUAGGGACUUUCACAGAGAGUACAUUUGAAAGUCUUGAGUCAGUGUAAGAAUCAGUUGAGUGUAUGUGUAUGUCAAUUUGAUAUGGUUUAAAGGGACACUGUUAUGUAGGGACUUUCACACAGAGUACAAUCACAAAUCUUGAGUCAGUGUAAGAAUCAGUUGAGUGUAUGUGUAUCUGAAUGUGAUAUGGUUUAAAGGGACACUGUUUUGUAGGGACUUUCACACAGAGUACAAUGUCAAGAUUUUAAGUCAGUGUAAGAAUCAGUUGAGUGUAUGUGUAUCUGAAUGUGAUAUGGUUUAAAGGGACACUGUUUUGUAGGGACUUUCACACAGAGUACAAUGUCAAGAUUUUAAGUCAGUGUAAGAAUCAGUUGAGUGUAUGUGUAUCUGAAUGUGAUAUGGUUUAAAGGGACACUGUUAUGUAGGGACUUUCACACAGAGUACAAUCACAAGUCUUGAGUCAGUGUUUGAAUCAGUUGAGUGUAUGUGUAUGUCAAUGUGGUAUGGUUUAAAAGGACACUGUUAUGUAGGGACUUUCACACAGAGUACAAUGUCAAGUUUUUAAGUCAGUGUAAGAAUCAUUCGGGUGUAUGUGUUACUUAAUGAUAUAUGGUUAAUCUGGGCAGUGUUAGGGACUUUCACAGAGAGUACAAUGUCAAGUUUCUAGGCAGUGCAAGAAUCAGCAGUGAAAUGGUCUAAAUCUAUAAAAUAAAGUAUGAACAGAUGUUGGUGUGCAAUAACAAAAAAGCCUUCUAAAAAUCUGUGAGUCAGUGUAAGUAUAUAAAAGCUGCAACUGUUAACAAAUGUUAGCUCGUCUAUCUGUUAAGUUUAUAUAUGGACAUUUCAUUCAGUGUACUUAGAAGCUCAGGUAACUGUGCUCAUAAGUUAUCAAAAGCUGUAUUCCCUGAUAACCAGAAAUGCAGAGGAUUAGUUUUCAUACUAUACAAUUUUGAACAUUUGCCUGAAUAAAUGGACUAAAAUUGAAAUCUUUUUUUUUUCAAUGUACAACUCAGAAAUCCAUUUAAAAGGGCUUUAACAUCAUGGUCCAUAGAAAGAUUCUGAUAUAUAUAUUAAAAUCCCCUCCUUUCUUUCUGAUUAGAGCCCUGAUAAGGACAAGCCUCACAAGUUGUCUGAAGUUACAGAUCUAGAGUCUACAGCUGCAGGAGCUAAAGAGGUAAACUGUUGUAAUUUUUUAUUUUUUUAAAUCGUAACAGUAUGAUUGCUUUUUUCAAAAGAACAAGUUUCCAUUCUGACUUGCCUUUGUUUGUAUUUGUUAAUUAAUUUGAUCUAGAUGUUGAUGCAGGAGACUGAGAGCAACUUGAUUCCAAUAUCACUGAGCUUCCCAAACCAGACCCUGAAAAGUCCUGCAAUGGCUCCCCUCAAUCAACAUGAGGAGGUGAGAUUAAACCUGCUGCAGAGCUUUCUGAAACCCAUAUCCACAUCAGUCCCCCUCUCAAGCCUUAGUGUACAGUAUCAUCAGCAAGUGUAUGCAAUAAGUUUAAAUCAGGAUUAAAACAGGCAUGGAUUUCAAAAUUUACAGAUAAUUUUAAGGGAAUUUUUAAUAUUCAAACCAGAAAAUAAGAUUGUUGCAACUAAAAUCACCUGAGGACACACAUAAUCUUUUUGAAAGAUUGUUAAACUCAUAAGAUUGUCCACUUUCUUUGAAUUCUGAACAAAAACUUCAUGAGGGCAAGACUCAAGAAGUGUCUGAGGCCACAGAUGCAGAUUUGGAAGAAUCUGCAACUGUGGACUUAGAUCAGUGUACUUAGAUCUAAUUAUCUUUUAUAGAGCAACUGAAUGGAUAAUUUUUUUCUUCUUUGGUAGGUGAUCCUUGAGACACCACAAAAUCAGUUGGCUGGUCUAGGUCAAACGGAUAUGCAGGUCAAUAGUAUAAAGGUAAACUGCACUUUGAAAUUUAAAGGAUUUUCUCUGAAAACCAGGUUUAUUUUACCUAUGUGUAAAUAAUAAAUACCUGCAUUUGUAUUAUGGCAGAAUUAAAAUGCUAUAAUUACAUUUUGUCAACAGUGUAAAAAACAUCAACUGGUGUCUGCAAACGUUUCCACAUUGGAAAAAUGCAUACAGUGUGUUGGACCAGUGUCCUCUUUAAGGUGGACUGGCUAUCAGUGUCGAGGUGAGCUAUUUGGUGAAGUCUUAUACAUUGUUUCAAAAGCUAAUUAUUAUACAUGUCAAGGGAAAAAAUGAAAUUACAGGGGCUAGAGAGAGAGCAAAAAUUUAGUUAUAUAUGUGAAUAAAAGGGCAAUCCUAUUUUCUCUUAAUAAGGUACUUAAAUUUAUAUUUUGUUUUCAAAUCCAAAUUUUCUCUCACUUUAACCUCACUUGGUUCAGCUCUCUUACAGCAGCUCUAAAACCAUCACAACCAUCACGCUGCUUAAGGAUCAUACCAACACUGUUUUUAUUGUUAUGUAUUUAUUGUAGAUUUACAAUGAAAUAUAUGAACCAGUCCUGUUAUAGGGCUAUUGUACAUGCACAUUGUGAUUGAGGUAGUUUAACAUUGCAUGGUGCAAUUGUACAUUUGUCAACAAUAAUAAAACCUGACUUAAGUAUAAUGUUGAUUAGGGAAAGGUUAUUGCUUUUUGCUGCACACCAGAUCGAUGCAGUAUUUUGAUAAGACUACAACUAAAUGAAUGCACUUGAAAUAUGUUACAGUUUGUUCUGGAGUCUGGCAUAAAUCCUGCCUCAGAAGAAUUACUGAUGGUGAUCUCCAUGGCCUGUUAGAGGUAAGCAUUCCCACUACCGUAAAAUUGACAGUGUUCUUGACAUUCUAGACUGAUUUUCUCUCUCACUUUUUCAGUAUUCUGGGAAAGAACUGCUUGCAGAUGAGAACAGCAGUUCUGAAGACAGCCUGUCUGAUAAGGACUACAUACCAGACUCAGAGUCACUGGAAGAGGACCAUGAUGAUUCAGACGCAAGCUUACCUUUAGCAGAGAAUCCGAAGAAAGCUGUACAGCAAAAAAAAAAGCCAGUACUACCUGAUAUUCUGGCAUCAUGUGCUUUAGACUUAAGCUCUAUGGCUGUCCAGAAUACACCACACAGUUAUCAGCCUUAUAAUGAUGAUGUUGCUGAAGAACUGGAUUCAGUCAAGUCUGUCAAAGACUCAUCAAAGGAUAAGACGGAGGGCGGAGCUGAGUUUGACAACCAAGAAGUACCCCAUCUGACCAUGAGCAUCAAAAACUAUUGUUUCAUAUGUGGGAAACCACAAAGCAAAAUUUCCCGGCACUUAAGAACUCAUAAGGCACAUCCUGAAAUUGUCCACGCCUUUUCCCUGCCUGAGGACUCAAAAAAGCGAAAGAUUCUAGUGGAAAGGAUGAGGAAUAAGGGCAAUUUCAGACACAACACUACAGUUUUACAGAGUGGGACUGGAGUUCUAAAGGCAAAGAGAGCACCAAAGGCUAAAGCACAGACAGGACACUUCAUUCACUGUAUGUAUUGUCAAGGGAUGUACAUUCGUAAAGAAUUGUGGAGACAUGUUCGCAGGUGCCCCUUUAAGCCAGAAAAUGAAGACACCGAAAAGGAACCUGGGAGAACUAAAGUGCUGAGUUUGGCUGCAGCCCAAGAGACGGCAUUCUCUCAGCAUAUCUCUAGUGGAGUGUGGAAGCUUCUAGGUAGCAUGAAAGAGGAUGAAGUUGCUUCAACAGUGCGAAAUGAUCUCACUAUCAUUCAGCUUGCCCAGUCUCUCUUUAACAAACACGGACAAGACCCAACAAAAUUUGAAUACAUGCGACAGAAACUGCGAGAGGUGGGUCGUUUGUUGUUAUGUCUGCGCACAGAUUUUUCCAUACAUAACCUUGAGGAAGCUGUAAAACCUUCCAACUUCCAAAGAGUGGUGCAAGCUGUCAAAAAAGUUUCAGGUUUUGAUGAGGAAAAACACUUGUAUUUGACACCAAGUCUUGCAUUGAAACUUGGACACACACUGCACAAGAUCUGUGACAUUAUUCAUUGUAGGGCACUUAUGGCAGAGGAUGAAGAGCUGAUUAGGUCCACCGAUGUGUUCAAGAAGUUGUACACCUCCAAAUGGUCUGAGUUGGUGUCUCACAGUGCCCUGAACACACUGAGUGAUGCAAAAUACAACAAGCCAUUAUCAUUACCCUUUACAGAAGAUGUCCAGAACCUUCAUCGGCACCUUGAAAAAUCUGUAGAAAGUGCGUCUUGCAGUUUGACGGAAAAGCCCACACCUCAGAACUAUGCUCAGCUUGCAAAAGCUACACUUGCACAAAUCAUUGUGUUUAAUCGUAGGCGUGCUGGGGAGGUUUCCAAGAUGCGUCUGAGAAGUUUUCAGGAAAGAGACAACACAAAACUCCAUGAGGAUGUUGCAAAGGGACUGUCACAGACUGAACAGCGGCUCUGCAACCAUUUUAGUCGAGUUGAAAUUAUGGGGAAAAGGGGCAGAAAGGUUGCUGUUCUGCUCACACCAAGCAUGGUGGAUGCCCUCUCAUUACUAGCUAGCACCAGAACUGAGUGUGGUGUUAACACUGCAAAUGUCUUCCUGUUUGCAAGACCAAAAUCACUGAGCCACUACAGAGGACAGGAAUGUCUACGGGUCCAUGCAGAGCAGUGUGGAGCAAAGCACCCAGAACACUUGAGGUCAACUCAGCUCAGAAAGCAUGUUGCCACUCUCUCUCAAGUUCUCAAUUUAAAAAACAACGAACUUGAUCAAGUUGCUGAUUUCCUGGGUCAUGACAUUCGUGUACAUCGAGACUUCUACAGAUUACCAGUUCCCACAACACAACUGGCUAAAAUCUCCAAGCUGCUCCUGACCAUGGAAAAAGGCCACCUGUCCAGCAUACAGGGGAAGUCACUGGACGAGAUAGAACUUGACGGUUUGUAAAGGAAAUACAACUUUGGUUUUUUUUUUUGUUUUUAUGUGUUUCCCUUUCCUUUUUUUUUUUUUUUUUUUUUUUUUUUUGAAGGUAUCUUUACAUAUCAGAAGACAAAUGUUUGGAUAUAUAUGUGUAGGCCCACUUAACACCAUUGAUUUUUCAAGCUUAAGAAGGGUUUUAAAUUGUGUGGUACUCAUGUGAGUUUUAUUGAUACUACCAGAUGAAAUACAGUUAAGCGAUGGUGAGGCCAGGGAUAGUGGCAGUGAAAGUGACAACAGUGGCAGAGAAGAGGCAGGCUUGGAGUGUGGUACAAGCAAGCCCCGUGAUCCUGUUCCAGAGUCUACGGUGACAGAGCAGGUCCAUGACACUGGAGAUUUGGGUGGGUUUCUCUAUUUGAUUGUGUUUCAAAUUAUUCAAACCUCUAUUUCUGUAGAAAGAAAAACUCACUUUUGUUGAAUUAUGUUUCCAGCAGAAACAGGAUCAGUGUCUUCCACAGUAAAUGAGACUGCCCUUCCUUCUGAGGGUAAGCAAAGUCUUAUUGUAAAGCCUAAUCCCAAGUUUCCAUAGUGUUCAUCCUUAGUCAUUGCAAAUGUUUUAUAACAGAAACAAGUAUUGAUCCAUUUUCUUCUUUACUUCAUUAUGUAAGAUAUAUCAUUUCAUAUCUUUUAGGAGACACUGCUGUUCAAGAGCGUGGUCCCAGAAGACUGACCAAGAAACCCUGGUCAAAGGCUGAGGUUGCAGCAGUAAUGCGGCAUUUCAGAAAACACAUAAGCAAAGGGAAGCUGGCGACCAAAAACGAAUGCAGUCACUGUAAGGAGGUAGAAGACCCGGUGUUGGCAGGUAGAACAGUACAAAACAUUAGGGACUUUGUUAGAAACAGAGGGACAGCAAUGAAAAGGCAGUCACAGAAAGGCAGGCUGUAAAGCGUACAAAAACUGUGUUCUUAGUGAUUAUGCAGUUGCAGAAGUUGCUAGAAAGAUAAUGUAUGGCAGUAUUUUUGUUUAAAAAUGGUUUGCAAAAGUGUAAAUAUGCAAAUAUGUGACCUAUUAUUUUGUAUAUGUAUCUAUUUAAGUUGAUGAGUAUAGGUUGUUGUUUACACCGUACCUUCUCUCCAGUUGCGCUGUGAAAGACUAAUAAGUGUGUAUGAUGAUUGGAGAAAUAUGUAUGUUGAAGUAAUGCCCCCAGCCUGGUGCUCAUACCUAGGUGUUCUAUCUUGCUUUGUGCAGUGAAUCAGCUCCUGCUAAAGCUGGACAUGAUCAUGUCCAGAUCAUGCAUAUUUCAGAAAAAGAGAGAUACACUAUUUGGUAGAAGACUUUUUUUAGGACAUUGGUUGAAUAUGACUUCUAAAUUCAAGACAAUUCAGCAAAGCUGAACAGAUCAAAGUAAUGCACAGCUAGCCUGGGUUUAGAACCAAUAGACCCCUUCCAUUUGCUUUUUGAUUUGUGUAAGCUUUAGUGGAUCGACACUUUUGGAUCGAUUUACACAUUUGCAAAUUGUUUGUUUGUAAUAAUAUUUCCUUGGUUUGCAAGGUUAUCAUGUUUUGGGACAGGUUGUCUGCAAGUGCUACAGUUUGUUUGAGCUUGGUUGAAAAUUUAAGCCAGCCAGACUCCAAAAACAGUUGGCUCAACCCUGUCAAGGCUUUGGGUAUGUUGUCAGUGAACCAGUGGGUCACAUCACUGAGGCUGCAUCUGUUGCUGUUUGUUUUUCUGAUUGCUAAUGGUUAAGUUUGUAUUUUUUGUAGUGCUGAUGUUUUUAACAGCAAAGGUUCUCUCAUCUCAAGAUACUUGCAAGCAAGAAUAGAUAAUGUUGCAUUUAAAAAAAACAUCUAUUUUUUUGGUUAAUUUAGUGGGACUUCUUCGAUAGGCAGAAGGGUUGUUUGCCAAACUUAUAUAAGAAGAUGUUAUACUGAUAGACUGUAUACUGUAGUGGACAGAGCCGUACCAGUCCAGAGUAAAGCUGUUCAAGUGUUCAUUAUUUUGCCACGUUUAGUUUUCAGUACAUAUUUUAUGUUAAUAACUUGAAUGGCGAUUUGUUGACCAGCCCAUAGAGCGUUUUUGGCAGAUAAGUAGAGGAGGAAUGAAUAGAGAACACAAAAACUAAUAAAUAAAGAGCCCUCUAACUUUACAUAGCUGUGAGUGUUUGCUAAAAAACAGCUUAGGAAUCUGUUCUGCUGUUGAUUGUUCCAACCUGAAGGAACUUUGGCAUGUUAUUGGAAGGUUAAAUGUGUGUUUUGGUAAACAGAGGUGGUGUCCUGGACUAUAGCUGCCCAUUUACUCUUGAUGCAAAUGUCCUCUAUGGCACAAACUCUUUAAAUAAUGCAGCUUUCAAACCAGAGUAAAAUGGCUUCACCUAAGUAGAAAUAAAGGAGGCAGGAAUCCUCUGUCCAUUGAAUAAGCAGUCUAUGGUUAUAUGGCUUUAAACUACUUUAGUUCAGUAAUAAAUUGCAUGUCCCAACAAUACUGUGUUCUGUCAUGUUUGUGUGUAUAUGCUAAUGAGGUGGGAUUUAAAGGUGAUGUCACUGUCCCUUUAAAGUCCGGAUAAUGUUUUUUGUGUCCCUAUACACCACAAAUUUGUCAAAAAUACAUCUGUCCGCCUAAACCACCAUUUUGUUAGGGGGCUGUGUAUAAGGCCCUGUAGGGUGUAUCUGAAAGCUAAAGUGACCCAAAUUUUUUUCAGAAUUUUUAGAGUAAUUUUUGCUUACUCCUAGAGCUCUCAGGCCAUGGGAAGGGGUAGUCCAUGUAAACCACCACCGGGCUGGUUUGGCGAAAAAGUCCAGCUAAAUCAUAUAGGCCCGUAUGUGUGUGUGUGUGCGUGUGUGUGUGUGUGCAUAGCAGGGGCUAAUUAUCAUGGGGGAAGGAGGGCAGGUGGGCUGUGUGUUUUGGGGGGGUAUGAGAGGAAAGGGACAAAAACUACAACUUCCCCCACCCACCUCAGUCUGACAGUCCUGCCUGCUAAUAGAAUAGCAGUGGAGCAUGCUUUGGGGGGUGGGGUGGGGGGGUUAAAAAGCCUUUGAUCAGCAGUCCCCCAUGACAUCAAUUAACCAUUAAUGUGCUGCCGAAGAGCAGGAAGAUGGAGAGCUGUCCAGGGUCACCUCCAUUCUGCAGCCCCCAGCAUGAUAAUGACGACUAUUUAACCCAGCCCGUUCUUCUCUAUAGGGUUAUCUGUGAGUGUCUGUGAUGUUUAUGCAUUAUAAAGUCUGCAUGUGAAGAUUACCUCUGCUACAUUGGCCGUUUGUGCGCAUCAUGUGCCAGACUUCAAGGGAGAAAUUGAUGUAAUUAUAUUCAAAAUUAAACUUGCAGGGUUAAAAGGGCUGCAGGAAAUGAUGUCAAAGUAUCUGAACUGUUUUGUGCACAGGUCCAACACGGGAACUGUAGGAUUUGUAAAGCAGAGUUAUAAAUAUGAAAAUGUUAUGUUACUAGUUUAGACAAAAAGACAAACUUGUAUCCCCACCAUCCACAAUGGAUGAAAUUAACUCACUGCACAUGUCUGAACCUGAGCAUCACCUGGCUGCAAACAUGCAUUCCACGCUUUAAUGACACACAUAGUGUCAGUUAUUUGUUCAAAGUGGGGGUUCAGCCACACACUUUUGAGUGUGUUUCCUUAUUACUAGAGCUGCAGCAGUGGUGGCCAAAGCCCACAACUUUAUGACCCGGGCCAAAGUUUAGAUCCUCAUGUUCAAACAUUACUCCAUUACAUGUAAAAGUCAAAUUACCACUCAGAAUAUUUUCAAAUAUCUCUAAACAUUGUUAUAUUUCACAGUGCAUGGGUGCAGCCAAGGAGAAGAUGAUGUUCAUUUUGCUGAGCUUUGUUUAUUUGAAAAAAUAAAAUAAAAUAAAAAAAACUCACCUGCUAAAAAUUCUGCCUCCGCCUCUAACAGGCCAGCCUCCUUCUCCCUGCCCUGCUGUCCAGCUGUAAACUUGUGUACCGAAGCUAUCAGGCUGACAGGGACAGGACUCUGCAUUACCUCAGACAAACAAACUCAUGACAUUUUCUGUCUGACCCUUCACUGUCUGCUGAUGCAUGUGGGGAACUGUUGACCCCAUCAUUUUGACUCUGUCUGCAGUGGCGGCCGUGAGUGACAUAGAAAUAGCUGAGGAGAGUGACGAGCAUGCAGCUUAGCAUCAUAGUUAGAGAAGUACUCUAUCCGAUAGAUUUACACUUUGAUUCUAUCUUAGCAUAAAAUCACUGUCUUUGUGUCUGAUCCCUCCGCCCCUCUCAUCUGUCUUGCUCGUUUGGCAUUGCUGCGUGACAUCUGGCACUGGCCAGACGUUCCCAAGCCGAUGACCAACGUCCCCCUAUAACGAGGAUAUAUGACUCCAUUAGCCCGCAGCUGAUUAUUUAAUCAUUUAUUAGAUGACUUUAAUUGAAAUGGUAUGAUGAAUGGAAUAGAGGUUCACUCCCCACAGAGUCCUUUAAUUGUGCUGCAGCUCUGGGUGCCGUACCUCAGAUCCAUUACCUCUCAGGCCACUUAUGUCAGUGUACAGGUAGCACAGGGUCUGAUGGGGGCUUUUAAGGCAUACCUACUAAAAAACACCUCCAUAAACAGGUUCAGAUUGUUGCUCUAAGAGUCUUGCAUCCUUACAGAAGGAUUCCCUUUAGAGACAGACCAUUACGUUAAAGAGCAAGGUCCUGUUUUUGAAGUCACAAAACAAUCUUAACAAGGUUUGCUCUACUAUUGUGUAAGACAAAGAAUUUUUCUGUGAAGACCUUCAUUUUUCAGCAAGACCAUGACAAACCUCUGACAACAGGGAUUACAACAGCAUGGCUCUGUAGGAGAAGAGUCCUGCUGAGAAACUGGUCUGUCUGAUGUUGGGGUUAGGUACGGUAGCCUACCAUGCAGCGAAUUUAUUGCGUUAAGGUUAUCACUCAUGCUCUUCCUCAUUCAUGACCUCAUUAUGAUGAAGAAUAGUUACAAAUUGAGGGCAGGGAGGAGUGAUGGCCUGUCAUGUGUGUUACUGAUAUGACAGCUGUCUUUGCUCACUAAGAUUAGUCGGCUCUGUAAUCUAUUGAUCCCGUGGGAACGUUCCUUGGUACGUCUCUGAAUGGCUUCCUACUUAAACCCUCAUCAAAGGCAGAGGCACCGCGCCCCGCCGAGCUGUUUAUGUCAAUACAGUUAAUGUGAUGUACUUCACGGCUUCCCUCUCAGACAGCAGCACUGGCACAAAUAAAUUUAUAAAUACCUAUCUACAGACCCCCAGAAAAACAAAAUACAGGAGAAGAAAUCCUCUCCAACCCUGAGGAUGAAAAAAGGAGAGGAGAGGACAAAAUAAAGGAAACACAAGACCGAUUCUGAGCUGAGCUUUUCGCCAUCCCCUCCCUUUCUUCUUCCUACCAUCCCUCUGGUUAGACUCCCGCCUCUGUCGUUUCUGUGUCUCCUGUAAAUGGUAUGGAUAAGCUGUAGUAGCAUUGUGUGCGUGUGUGCGUGUGUGUGUGUGUGUGUGUGUGUGUGUGUUUGUGUGCGUGAUCCUUACUGACAGUAAAAAGGAUGAAUGUCAUGAAUAAGCACUCUGCUGAGUGUCAGCCGUGACCUUUGCCUUAAGAAGCUUGCAGCAGUCAGUGUUUGAUUCACAUCAGUAAAUACAAACCGCCAUCAAACCCACCUGCCUGUUCUUGUUCCAGGGAUGAAAGCAAUCAAAGUGAGCCAAUAACCUGAUGAUGUCUGUGUUAGUCUCCAUCAUAAAGAGACGACUGUUAGGAUAUAUCACCUCCCAAUCAGUGCAGCGUAAUACAAUUCUUUUGCAGCUGCACAUGAGACGCUUUAACUGGUGGAAAAAUAACAAUAAAAGGGCUUUUUUUUGGUUUUGUUUGUUUUUGUUUUUUUGGUAUCGAUGAGUUUAGAUCAAGUCUACAUAAAUACAAAGAGAGGGCGAUAGUUUGUCCAUGUAUUACUCACUGUAGAGCUUCUGGUAACCAAAGGAACUCAAACAUUUAAACUCUGAUGUGAUAUUUAUGAUCAUAACUAUAAGUUUUAAACUAUCCAGGCUGGGCAUCCACAGGUGGAGGGGACCACUUGUCAGUCUUUAGCGAGUAAAGUAAGUAAAUAUGUAAGUAAAGGUUUAUUUGUAUAGCGCUUUUCGCAGUACGGGUACACAAAGUGCUUCACUGUAUAAAACAUAAAAACAUCAUGAAACAGAAUCAUUCAGUAUAAGGUCGGUAUAAAACAUCAUAAAGCAUAGAUCAGAAACAUUAAAAUCAGUAUAAAAUCAAUAAAAACAUCAUAGUAGCUACUAUCACUAUGCGAGAAGGCACUAACGCUCAAAGUGCAAGAGCAUGUACAUUUAAGGCCACGGGUCUAUGACAGAAAGGCCUGUUUAAAAAGGUACGUUUUAAGUUGCUUUCUGAAGCUAGCCACGGACUCUGCCUCUCUUAGAGCCUGAGGGAGCGAAUUCCAAAGGCGGGGGGCUACCGCUGAAAAGGCCCGAUCCCCUUUUGUUUUUAGCCUAGUGUGGGGCACUGCCAGGCGCCUCCGGUCAGCUGACCACAGAGAGCGGUUGGGGGUGUGGUGUAGAAUGAGGUCGCAGAUGUAACUGGGAGCAGAGCCGUGGAUAGCUUUGAAAGUGAAAAGCAGUACCUUGAAAUGGAUCCUAGAAUGUACAGGCAGCCAGUGAAGGGCAGCAAGUAUGGGGGUGAUGUGACAAGUUUUUUUUUGACCUGGUGAGUAAACGGGCUGCAGCAUUUUGUACCAGUUGAAGACGAUGGAUGGAUGCAAUGGCAAUGGUAUGCGACACCAGAAAAAUUGCUCAUUAAAUGACCCAAUGGCAGCAUGUACAGUGCAAAGAGAAGUGGAGCUAGCACCGAGCCUUGAGGCACACCACAGUAAAGAGCAGCAUUGUCAGACAUAUAAGGGCCAGCUAUGAUUGAAAAGCAUCUGUCACUCAGGUAUGAUGCAAACCACUGAAGAGCACAAUCCGACACCCCAACCCAGUUCCUUAGCCUAUCCAAUAAAAUUCCAUGAUCAAUAGUGUCAAAUGCUGCGCUUAAAUCCAACAGGACUAAAACAGAGCACUUGCCGGAAUCAGAGGCCAUCAAAAUGUCAUUGGACACUCUCAAGAGUGCAGUCUCAGUAGACUGUUUUUUCUGGAAGCCGGACUGAAAUUUGUCGCCAAUUUCGUGUGAGUAGAUAGGUGUUGAGUUGGUUGAAAACCACUUUCUCUAACACUUUUGACAUAAAUGGCAGUUUAGCAAUGGGCCUGUAAUUUUGAGGAAUGGAUGGGUCUAGGUUGGGUUUUUUAAGGAGGGGUUGGACAGCUGCCUGCUCAAAAAAGGAAAUGAUUGUGAAUGAAUGAAAUUAAAGAAAAUGAUUUAUUUACAUAAAUAAGUAAAUGAACAUAAGGAUUUACAAAAGUAACAAAGGCUGAGUUGUUAGGCUUCAGGGUAGACUAAGGCCAAAAUAACAACCAAAAUGAUCCUUCUAUGGAGUAAGUAACUAAACUAACCAAACCAAAGGAAACGAAUGCAAAAGACUUACCUCCCUAACAAAAUAAACAGGAGAAAAGAAGGUUAACAAAACUGGCAGCCCACCCUUACUACUCCAAGAAACCACUACAAAAUGCACAACGGUUUGAACCCAGCAAAACAGUGUGGCCAGUUGGGAGAGGAGGAGGAUGAGGAAUGCCUGCAGCCCUGCACACGGUGGCCGCCAUCUUGGUUCCUCAUAUAGCAGGUUUCAGCCAAUCGCUGUCCAGGACGUAGAGCCAAUCCACCAAUGACUUCAUGGCUGUGGCACACACCUAUUUGCAUAUGAAAUUGACAAGACAAAAAGAACACAGGGCACACACACACAGCAGACAGACUACAAAAUAUGACCACAGUCAUAACACAGGGAAACAGUCGGCUGGGGUUUUGAUGAGUCAUGCUGAAGCAGUCCCGUAUGUGCUUUGCUCAUUUCCCCCAGGGCUGGUUCACUAGAAACUCACAAAAGGCUCUGCCCUUAACCAAACAGCUUCCUCUGGCACCUCUGGUGCCCUAAUUUUUCACUGAGCACCUGCCCCACAAAAUGUCUGUGCACACCACUGCCUGUAGAGCUAUGACUCGGUCUGUGCAUGUUGUCCUCAGUGUGUAGUGGUGAGGGUCAGUUCAGGUCUGAGGAGAAUAAGCCUGCAGGGUGGUUAAUGUGAAGUCUGUCAUGAAUCUGCUCUGGUUUUAGCGGCCAGCAUAAGAAUAAAUGUGAUAUCCCAGUGUGGUGUAGUUUGAACCAGUUUGAGGUUAUCUCUGCAUGGACUCAAGCAGCAGGUCUAACAACCCGUCUGGAACCCGGGAUGGCUGCUGACUGCAGGAAUCCAAAAUCCUAAUAGAAUAAGCAGCACAAAAUGUAAUUAAACUCAUUUGAUUAGAUUUUAUACUUAUUACAUUAGAAGCAAAACGUUAGAUGCUUUAUGACGUAUUUUCAGAACAAUAUGUUCAGUUAUAUUUUGUUUGGACUGACUGCUUUCUUUGUAUCCAACAGUCAAUAAAUAACUGUCGCAGCAGGCAGAGAAAUGCUUUAUCUUUCCCCUCUGUGCUGCAUGUGUGGGAGUCCAUCUGUUCAUCUCAAUAGCAGCCGUGAUAGAUGCAGAGCUGGGAGUAUUGUAUGCUGUGACAGAGAAACUGCAUUUCCAGCUUAUCUUCCCAACGGCCAUUCAUAUUGCCUACUUGGCCAAGUAUCCUGCUUCACAACCAGAAAUGAUUAACCAAGAGAGGCCCAAUGAUUGCCACUGAGCUUCAAGCCAACCUCCCCCUCACAACUUUGCAGACCCACAUCCAUUUUUAUUGAGUCCCUGCUCUGAAUUCAAAUGUAGCUGUAUCAACAACAUUCAUUCACCGACUUUAACAAUAAGUCAACAAUGAGAAUGUGGGAUGAAUGUGCUUGAUAGUGCAGAUAUUCAAUUAUGACAGAUUGAAAGACGGCUUAGUGCGCACAAAGCUGUCGCUCUUCCCUAUUGGACUGUUUAUUUUGGGCUUAUUGUUCACCGUCUGUGAGUGAAUUGUUAAAAUGCUUUAAUAAGCAAGAUGACAUUUCUCCUUGAGCUUCAAAAACAGUCCCACAGCAUUUCUUCAUACAGAUGGAGUCAUUGUGAGGGGUGAGGAUUGAUAAGACUUUAUUGGUAAUAAUGCAGUCAUUGAUUCUGCUUAUUGACCAGAUCCAUAUUCACUCUCUAAUGUGGACUUUCUUUGUAGAAGAAGAACGCCUGCACAUAUUAACUUUCUUUUUCAUCUUCACAGCCUUUGAUUGGUUGACCGACCAAAACAAGAUGUAAGCCUCUGUCUGGCCCGGUCUGCAGGCAACAGAAAGGACUCUGUUUCAUAAAAGAUAUCCAUAAAUCAGGACAGGUUACUUUAGUUUUUGAGGGGUUGAAUCUGGUCACUGAUCAUCUCGCUGGGACAGAAAAGCUUCUGGAUGUUGAAAAGUUUUAGGAAGGUGUCGGUCUCACAAAGUGAGUGGAUUUUAAAGUAAGUCUGUAUGAUGUACCAUUGUAUAAAUACUGUAAAAAGAGCAUCUCUAUCAUUUUUAUUAUUUUUUUUUUGAAUGAUAUAAAAUCUCCAAUCUGAUUUGCAGUCCACCACUUUGGCGCGCAUGUGCCUCCAGUCUGAAUCUGUUGGUAUGCACAAAGCCAGUUUAGGAGUUCAAAAGCUUUCCAUCAGGAAAACAUGAAGGAAGUUGUCUAAUGGAGGGGGGACAUGGGGGAGUGGAGGGGUGAGAUUGCUUACUAAUGGACUUUCUCUCCCAGCUGUGAGAGCUGCAGCUGUCUGGGGGCGCUGAGACAAAUAGAGGUGGCUCAUGAAGGGACGGCAGCAUCCAGACAACAGUUCACAUUUUUCCCCUGCACACUAUUUGGCCACGACAAAUUAAUUUGGGACUGCUUGGGAAAGAAGGGGAUCCAGCUGGGGUGUUGGCUUACAAACAUGUAAUGUAUUUCCAGUGUGGGAGCCAGCUCUAUCAAGACGAUGCAUGAUUGAAAAGUUGGACGAUGUGGAAAUAUAUUUGCUGCUGAUCCGAAGGAUUCGCAGCAAUGUGACCUAGACUGGAGAUAACUGGGAGGAGGAGAUGGGAAUGAAAUUGAUAACUGGUGCAUGCUGGGUGAAAGAUUAUAAAAAAGAAAUAAGUUCAUAAUCUGCCGCCAUCAUUGGCACCAACAUAACUAGAGAGAAAGACACCAGGCUCAGUGAGUUAACAUAAAAGAAUAAAUGGUAAGAAGGAAAUCUACUUGGCAGAAAUGAUGCAGAGCUAUUUUCAAAACCAAACACACUUGGUCAGAGAAAGUUCAGAUGAAAAUCCCUAAAACUUACAUUUGAAACCAAUUUUCAGUGUGAAUGCCUCAUAUAUAGAGGAAAUAUGAUUUGUUAAUUAAAUCGUGCAUUAACACAUUUUUUGUUAAUUUUUUUAUUUUUCCAGAAUGAACUGCAAACUAAUAUAAGGGAAGAUCAUAUAAUGAAGCAGCUGAUAUUGCUUAUACGUCACAAGAAAAGAGCUUUUGUGCUGAGCGUUUCGCAACACUUGGCCACCAAAACUCCAAAUUUAGGUUCAGCAUAAGACAACAGUUUGGUGUGAAAUUAUUUGUAAAAACUGCAGAGAUGUCAUGUAUGCUGUUACUGUGAGGUGUGUGCAGUGACUGACAUGGAAGGGCUUCAGACAAAGUAGAAACAUUUUAUUUAUUUAUUUAUUCUUUAUCAUGAUAGCUGGAGUGAACUGAAAAGAGAAUAUAUCAAGAAGUCAUAUGUAACACAAACUACUAUGAUCAUCAGUUAAAUAUUUUUCCAGAUUUUCUCUGACAUUGCCGAAUUUUUUCCUGACUCAAAGUUGAGCCCAUCUUACCAACAGCAUUACAAGCAGAAAGCAGAAAAAAGACUGAAAGUUCCAAAUUAUACGUAGUGGUUCAUAAUGAUAGUGUUGUCACAGUUUGAAUGCAUUUCUCUGGUGUAUUUCAGUGUUAUUUCACAUAGUAAUAUGUAUUACAGAAAGGAGAAGAAAUCCCAAUAUAAGUUUUUUCUAAUAUCAUGCAGCACUAAUAUGUAUUUCUCCACAAUAGACGUGCAUGUGGGAGUCUUUUAAUAACAUGCUGUAACCAAGACAGGAGAGUGCAAAAUAACUGCAUUAAUAUUUGCACAUACCUUAUUGCGCUCCAAGGAAGACGGAGAGACAGGGACGACGUGAUGUACAAACUAAUCAAAUUAAAUAUGAACAUCUUGUUAGUGCAGAUGUGUUUAACUUUCUGAUGCAGUAAUAGGUGCAAACAUCCUCGUCUCUAUUAAAAAAAUAGAUGCACUCUGCAGAAAAUGCUUCUUUUUUCUUCCUCACAGGUACUUUUUUCUCUUCCCACAAGCAUGUGAGGGUGUAUCCUGGAGGUCAUAAAUGUGCUGUCACUUAAUGUAAUGAUUCAGAGCUGAUGUGCGUCUGAACUUAUUUUUCAGUCUUGUUGUUUUCUGUUUCCUCAAAACAAAACUAUUUAUUCAGGAAGAAUCUGUCUAUGACCUAAAUAAGUCAUGGAUCCUCUGGUUUGGCAGCAGAGCUACAUGAGCCUCUGGAUUAUGACGGCCUUUGAACUAUUCCUCCCAGACUGAUGACUGGUUAUUAAUUCAUCUAUUCUUUUGAAAAGACUGCCUCAUUAUCAUCUCGAUAUCCGCCCGUCCCGCGAGAAGUUGCAAAGCCAAGCCGUCAAGAUUCUGCACUCCAGCUUCACAGGCUCGUCAAAUUAAAAGGGUCUGCCAAUGACACUUUGAGGAUGGCUCUCCAAAAAAAGGAUGAAUUAUGUAAGACCUCUUUGAAUAUUGCAUUGCAGAGAAGGGUGUCCCAUAUGCCCACCAUUUCCAGACAAGACAUCAAUUGGAAUUGGUUCACACUGGCACAACACAGCAGAGGUAAACUCCGCUUCCUCGCCUCCUAUCAGUGAGAGCUGCAGAGUCGGCUCCUCAGGGUUUUCUAAGAGAAAAGCUUUGAGAGAUAAGGAGAGAGGAGACAAUCGCAGGGUGAUUGAAUAAGAUCUGCAUUUGGAGAGUGGACUCGGAUAGCAUCAGAGUUCUUGGCAGAUGACCGGGGUUCUGGGAAGAGCAGAAAAAACAAGGAUGUAGCUCAUGUCUGUUUUCUGUGAUCCAUGCUGAAGGGAAGCCUUGAACGAGCUGAGCCAGCAUAACAGGAUGGUCAUUUGUGUCAUUAUAUGAAAACUGUCUCUGGAUACAUGAAAAAACCACCACUGUGCCCAGGACCCUCUGUGGGAGCUGUCAACUGUUUCUAUACAGCAAUGCUGAGUUUGAUAACAUAUUAGCUAUGCAGGCUAGGUUUUUCUUAGCACCAGAAAACAAGUGCUAGUGUCACUUUAAAGUUUCACGGCUUUAAAAGAAACUUUACACACACUAUUACUGCGCAGCUUUCUUACUGACACUUUAAGGCUGUUGGCACAGAGUGUUUGGGCAUGCAGUGCAAGAGUCAUUGUUAUUUUGCACCCGAUGUACUUGUCAGUUUUAGCCCAGACUAGUGCCCAUGUUGUGUGAACAGGAAGAAAACAAGCACUCGCAUCCAUGCCCAUGGGUUUGAUAGUCUUAAAAAGAGAUGUAGUGCAGUGCAAGGAAAGAGUGUUGCUAUCUUGAGGAAGCAGAUUGCGGCUUAGCCUUAGACCUGGUCGAAAGCAAAAACUGUUGAAUACGUGGAUGUAGUGUCAAAGAUGUCACCCACCUGUCUGUGAGGCAGAAUUUUGAAGCCAAUCGGAAAUAUUGGAAAUGCUGACUUAAUUUUGAUUUAUGAUUUGCCAGUCUUGUUACCUUAAUGAACUUGAAAUGAAUGCAUUGCAUGGAAAUUCACUUUUCAUUCUGUGGGAGCCUUGACAUGUUUAUUGUUGCUCUAAAAUGGUGUAGUGUGUGUAGUUUCAGGUGCGUCUGCAGGCAACCUCAAGUGGACACUCUGGGAACUGCAGUGUUUCGCACUUCUACACUGGCUUUAGUUCUGAAGACCUGAGAUUGCAGCAUGCUCUAAUUGCUGAAGCUGAUAUUUAGAGGGCUUAUUGGUGAAAUGGUUAAAAGGCAUUAGAAUUCACAAAGUGCUGUCCUUCUUUCAAACAGCCAUGCGCAGCCAUGUUUACACUCAUCUUGAAAAUGUGUGUUUUUGCAGAAACAGUAAAAUGACUUUUUUGUCAGUUUAGAGGUCUUGCAAGUACUUGUUCUUGUGCCCAUGAAGACAUCACAAUACAGUUCAUUUCUGUCUCCUCCUAUCAGUCAUGCACAGGCCUCCCCAACAUAAAGAAUGAUCUGUAUUUGAUCAAUAAAAUACUUCAUUUUAAUAAAACCGACAAAUGAUAAAUAAAUAUCUAUCUAUAUAUAUAUUUGGAUCACUAAACUGAAGUGACUUUUAUUGUGGGUAAAAUCUUAGGUAUAUCUAAGAAGAAAAAGUACAAAAGAAGCUUUUAGAGUUGGGGUUACAGAUUUGAGCAAAUCACUCUCUUGAUUUAAAAGAAAAGCUCUCCUAAAAAUACCAGCAUUACUUUUCAGCAUGACUCAAACUUUGCUUUGGGUCACUAAUGAAUUUAGAAAUGUCUCUCUUUCAUUCUGAUCAUUUUAAUGGUGGGAGGAACAGAAAUUUGUCAUUGUUAUUAACCCAAAGUGUAAUAAAUGAGUCCCACUCAGCUGAGAAGAUUCAUGGAUAAAGUUAGUUUAGGACCGUUUCUGGAGAAGCUCUUUACGAUAAAUGGGGACAAUACAGUGCAGGCUGGUGAUGUGGAUCCUGGAGAUGCUGGAAUACACAGCAGGAAAACAGCAAUUUACCGUCAGAAAUGAAAAUAAGUUGUUUCCAAAAGACGUUACAAAAGAAAACCCCCGAAAACUCUCAUUUCCGAAUGAAAGAAAACAGUUGAAAUGGUUCCCUCAGAACAAUAUUUCACAAUCUAUUAGUUUUACUGCUAAUCACUUUUCUCUUUCACGCUGUUGCUUUUAUUGACCUUUUAUCGGUACCAGCAGCCUCCUGCUAUUUCUCUUCCAUCUUUGCCUCUAUUCCCUGCAGCAAAACAAAGACAUAAUUGAAUUGCACCCAACAGGCCACCUGAUAAGUCAAUCUCAUAUUCAGAAUUUCUGAUGAAGCUUCACCGUGUGGCCCGAGUCCUUAUUUUCUGCCCAGUAAGCCCCCUGUCUAAUUGUUAUUAUUAUAAUUACUGGAAUGGUUACAGCUGUUUUGCAUGGGACCAUGAGGAAAUGUGCUGCAGCUGUUUUUACUCCACUGAAUUAAACAGCAACACCUCAGUGGUAAAUGGUGUCAGUAAUGGAGACAGUACCACUGAGCUGGAACCGGAGGACCAGAACUGUGAGCUUUACUGCUUAAAUUCAGGUUUUAAAAUGAUAGUAAUCAAAGCUGUGUAAUUAUUAAGAUUAAUAUCUGCAAAUCUGGAGAAACAUCUAAAAUACACAUUAAAACAAGUUGGAGAAAAGCUACAAUUAAAUACUACAUCAGGUUCAUAGAGAGAGAGACAAUUGUGUCUUUUUUUUCAAAUCUGAAAAUACUGUUAGGAUCAUAUGAAGGGCAUACAAUGGUACAGAAAUUAAAACUGACUGCAGAUCUGGAAAUGUGAUAGUGGCAACCACCAGAUAUUGCAAAUAACACAUCUUCCAGAGUAAAGAGCUUGACUUGAGCUUUUGUUGUGGGUGGGGAAAAAAAUGCAAAAGUUAAAUCCACAAAUAAGCUUUCAGGAUGGGAGACAUCUGGAGGGCUUUCAGAUGGUUUGCAAACUACAAAACGGUUCUCGCUAUUUUUUUUCACUGGCUGAGCCUUUUCUUUGCCACAGGAUGCAGCGCCAUUUCAACCAGAAUUAAAUUGUGCACAAUGAGUGGCUUAAAGAUUGGGAUGUGCCAAUCAUAAACUAAAGACAAGAAGGGCAAACAGUUCAGACUGAAGGCCUGAGCAGUCUGAGUAAUCUCUGCGGGAGUUUAACGUCAAGGUGAUCUCAGGAAAAAGCAGUCAAGGAUUUUCAUGGUGGGACUGCGCAUUUCCUGCAAACCAGGAAAGAUUGAGACAGUAUGUUUUGAAGUGUCCAUCACCUGUUGAGGAGUUUUGAAGGCAGGUAACAAACAUAAGAAAUGAGCAGGUAUUUUUUGCCUGGUUUAGUUCUCUUUUACCAGCUUUGGCAAUCCUCAGGGAAGUGUUCUCGGGCCUGUUUAUUGUUCACAGUAAAUGCUUCCACUUGGGAAUCUCUUGGCACAUCAUCAUAAUAUCAUUCUAAAAGUGAUGACGCUCGACUCACAUUUAUCUUACUACAUGAAGCAAGUUGACUUGAGUCUCUUCUGUACUGUCUCACAGACAUUGUGGAUGAGCAUUACGACUUCAAAUACAUGGCUAUGGUUUUAGAUUAUGAUUUGAAAUUGAAUCCUCAUACAAACAAGGACAUAAGUACAGUACUUACUUUUAUCAUCUCAAAAACAUGACCACAGUCAGACCUUUUUUUAAUCCCAGAAAGGUGCUGUAAUUUUAAUUCAUGCUUUUAUCACCAGCUUUUUAGAUCACAGCAUCCAGAGUUUCAGCAUCUGAGAAGAAAACUGAUCACAUAUGAUAGAAAUGCAGAUUGAACAUUUGAACACUUCAUUUUGAUAAUCUCUGGCUGUUAAAGGUUAGUAGGGUUCAUAAUGGUAAAUUAUUUUUCAUAAUCUGAGUAUGGUAGAGAGGUUGAUACAGAAAAUGUGAAGGUAGGUUGGGGAAUCUUUGCAGCAUCACAUCUUAUCAUUUUAUAGACAAAGAACUGGUAUACUUGGACUCAUUUAAGAAACUUGAUGUUGGCCAAGGGUAAGUAAUCAAAAACCAUCACUUUAAAAUUCCCCAAUUGAUUCUACAUUUUGCAGAUUAUAUUAAACUCUAACAGUAUCCGAACUAUCAGAGUUUGUGAAAAAGUCAUGAAGAACAAAUGUUGCGAUUGUUUGAUACUAGCUGAGAUCCAAACACUGAAAUCUUUCACCUGAGCAUGCACUGACAAAGAUCCAACUCAGCCUGUGCAGAGUGAGGUGACUGAUUGAUUCUUAACUUUGGGAACUAAAAUGUUGAACUCUAAAAUUUUCUGUUAAAGUUUGUUAAAACUGAUGAGAUCACCUUUUUCUUCCAGGAACAGCAGAGAUUUCAGCUUGCAUGCAUUUAUACUGUAACCUUCAGAAGAAGAGUUACAAGGAGCCCCACAGGCCGACAUUUAAAGACAACAACAGGGAGACAUGACAGCAAAUAAAAAUAAAUAAAUCCUGUAAACAAAAACACAAAGAGACAGACCACCAGGGACCUAUUCUAUGAGGCAGGAUUACUGCUUGGCGAGGUAACUUUGAGGGUAAGUUCGAGGUUUCCUGUUCUACGACGCGGGUUCACUUCUUAGGGAGGCGAGUCUCCAUGGCAACGUACACUGAACGGCUAACCUGCUCCGGGACAGGUUAGGUUCCAGAUUGAGAUCACAGAGUAUAAAAACCUCGCCCACUGACCAAUGAGCUCUCUCAAAAAAUGGCUUGUCCGUUCUUGGAGGAUCCUAUAGACCUCAGUGCUCGCAUUGUCCGAGGAGCACUCCAGCGCGCAAGAGUUUUCAGAGACCGCACGGACCCACUUACUUUUCUGGAUGACCACCGUUAUGAAAGGCUCAUAUGGCCUACAUAUCACACAAAAAAUGUAAACACGAUAGAAAUGAACAAAUGAAUGAAUUCAUCUUGGAAAUGAAUUAGACAUGUCUGGUGCAUUUUAAAAGCACAUUUUGAACAGUGCUAUUUCAGGGUGAUAAUGGCAUCAAAGAUUUUUUGUGCACUAUACUUACGCAUUGAGACUGUCUGCAAUUUUCCGCCAGCAUUCCUUACGUGCUUUUGCAGCGGCGACGGUGUUGCUUUUGAGGUUUAUGACAGAUUUGAAUUCUUCAUACUUUCUUAUGAUCGUUUCCUGCUCCUCGAUUGUAAAGUACGCGGUCCUUCGCUCUCCGGCCUGCUCUGAUGCUCCAGACUGGUCCUUGUUCUCGAUUGGUCAGAUGCAGCGGGCUCCACCUUACAUGCGUGCACGCGCUCAUAGCAAAGCUGGAUCCACUUUAGAGGUUGAUAACCAGCGUCGUAAGACCGUUUAGCGAGACCGCUGGCUACCGUUUUAGGCUGAACUUGCUUUGUAGAAUAGACCCCAGGUCUGUUCAAAACAAAUGAACAGAUAAACAUUUUAAACUGGCAGCAUACAUGGGUUCUCAUUUUUCUGGUGGAUUUGGACCUCUUGUGGUUAAUCCAGGGCCUCAUUUUAACGUAUAUGAAUUUAAAAGAUACAAAACAGUUUGGGGAUGUCUUCAGCCAGCAGCCACACCCCCAAACUUUGAAGCAACUGUCCUGAGGGUGAAAGAGUCUGAUGGAAAAAAGAGGCCCAGAUCAUGUCAAAACAGACACAAUCCCUAUAGAAAAAAAUUUUUUUAAAAAAAAUCUUUUUUUUAAGUAGUAGUCAUGACAUGACUGUCAUCUAUAGCACCAGGAUCUAUACCCAAAAACACUUGUUUUAUCUCAGGACAGUAUUUCUGUCCCUGGACCAGGCUUCCUCAACAAGUUACUUUUUCUGAUAAUCUGUGUGUGUGUGUGUGUGUGUGUGUGUGUGUGUGUGUGUGUGUGUGUGUGUGUGUGUGUGUGUGUGUGUGUGUGUAUGUGUGUGUGUGUGUGUGUGUUAUUUUACAGUCAUUGCAGCCUUGUGUCAUGGCUGUUGCCUCAAGCAAUACACUGAAGAGAUUCACAACCUAUUCGUCAUGUAGUGUAAGACUGAGGUUUGAGAAUUCAAGGUUUCCCCUUUCAAACAUGUGCGACUCAGGAUAAGAUUUUUACUGAAUUUCUUCAGAUUCUGACUCAACUUUGGCAUUGGACCUCAUUUUGUAGCUGCUGUCAUGGAGAGUGUCUAUACAUCCACAGUGUGUCACACAGCCUGAUUCAUUUAGAGCUUAUCCUCUUGGCGUCACAGACCUGUACUUGAAGUAUUGAUCAGAAAGGUCUCUUUUUUGAGUGCCCAAUGAUAGAAUGCACUCUUGUGUUCCCUCAGGGAAAUUUCUCUCCAACACAAGUGCUGCACAAACUCACUGAAUCCACAACAGUACUGAUAAUAUAUAAAGAAAGUUUGAACCCAAAAACAUUGUUCAAACUUUUAGAAUAGAAUAGAAUAGAAUAGAAUAGAAUAUUCCUUUAUUGAUCCCUCAUGGGGGAAAUUUUUUUGUCACAGCAGCAUCACAGACAAAGAGUGCAAAAAUGCAGUUAUAAAAAUAAAGAUCCUAAUAUUAAGAACUUUUUUUAUGUGUUAAACUGCUGUGAGGGGGGCAGGAAUCAAACCAAACGACAGCGCAGUAAUGUUGCCAUUUUACCCCCUUAUCAAAUUAGUCCUCGGACUUUUGAAUGUAAACGACCUUAUCUACAAUGAGAGAAACAUAGUUCAUAGUAGAAAAAUAUUUUUACAUCUACGUAACAAGAGACAAUAGAUGUCACUUUGUCAAAAGGGGGUGCCAACAUCAGCACAGAAAAAAGGUUUCUCACAAAAGCUAAAUGUAUGCUUCCUGCAACAUUUAACCAGAUUUGGAUUUCUUGGAAAGUUACAAAAGAAAGGCUUGCUGGGAGAUCAUCCAAUGACCCCAUGACAUUAGAUAAGUAGGGUGAACCUAAUUUUUACACCAAGUUUCAAUAAAGACAAGAUGAAAAUAAACAUCUGUGCAAUUUUUAGCAAGAGUAGUAGUGCAGUUUCUGGUUUUCUGGUUUUGGCUAGUUCAGGACUUGUCUGAUCAUCUUGUAUCUUAUAUUUCUUGCACUUGUGGACUUUGUCAUGUCCUCAGAUCUUAAAUCUUAUUAUUUUUCAUUUUUUCCAGGUGAAUGCAGUCUUAUCAUAAGCAUUAUUAGCAACACUGGCCAAAGCUAAAUAAAUGAGAGCAAACUGAAGUAAAGUAGUACAUCCCUUUUCACACAUUCUAGAUUAAACGCAGCAGCCAAUUAUAAAAACUAUUAUCUCGACUUCCAUGUCAUUUUCUCUGAGCCAAUAUUGACAUAUAUAAUUUGCAUAUAAGUAAUCAGGUCACUGUCUUAUUAGGAUUAUGUGCCAAACAUUCAUGCUGUUGCAAACGGAGCUGUGGCUUUGGCCGUGUAGUGUUAAACGGGGAGCUAGACCUCUUUCAGUUCUUUCUUCAGUAGCCGUGCCCAUAAGGAAAUCAACGGCAUGGCGAAUCAGAGCUCACAGCAUUAACACAUUAAAGUCACAGUCAAAAAUGUAAAGGUUUCAAAACAGAUGGUCUCAUUUUAUGCAAAUGUUAUUAUGCAAAGCUAAGCCCUGAGGCGCAGUGAUUUUUUCUGCCUUUUAAUUGGCGGAGAAGAGAGAGAGGUGCCAGACGUUGCAGGUGGCAAGGUAGCCCCACUUUCUUUUGUCACAUCCUGAGAGAGACUUUUCAGAGAAUUUUUAUUUAGUGUUAUUUCCACCGGGGCCUCGCCGCAGCCAUCUGUACGCUAAGAGGGGAGCCCAUUCAGCUUUGUAUGAGGCUGCAGCUUCUCAAAGCCUGCUGAACUGAUAAUGCAGCAUGCUUUUGCUCACAGCGGGGACAGGCUCACCAAGGCAACAACGGCUGAGAAUAAACCUUUGGUAACAAGAAGGUUAACAUUAUCCACCGGACUCCUUCAUGCCCUGAACGCUCUGGUCUGCUGAUUAGCAGGAUGUAGUCUGGAGUAUGUCGGAAUAAUUAGGAUAUAUUAUCUGAAUAGCCCUUUGCCAGGAAUAGUCUGUUCAACAUGUCUCUUUGUGAACUAAAUAACAUAUAACUUUGUUGCCUCUGAAAGAAAACAGAGCUAUUUAAUUUAAUUCAAAUUUUAUAUCCCUGUAAAGAAAAUGGGCCUCGCCGACAUGCUUCAUAACAAACACGCACAAUAAAAAGGCAACUUAAAAGGACUUUUAACACAUAUUAAAUUACCACAACACAUGCCAGUGUAGCAUGACAUCAGCUAGUUAAAAAAAAGCUGCUUACUGCUGCAAAACACAGAGUUCCUGCAGAAACAUCCACACAGUAAAUUAGUCUGUAUGCAAAUUAAGCAUAACUAAGGGAGCUGGGCUGUGGACUGUCCUCUUUAUUUCACAGAGAGCCUGAGCUGCUAGUGUCCAGUUUAGACUUUAUAUAUGGUUCGUCACAAUGAAACAGACUGAAACUGAUUUCUAUGCCUCGUCAUGACUUUUAAAAGCAUACUAGACAGUCAGCAAUAAGGCUUAUAGUUAUUCUCAGGGUAAAUGUUAAAGUCAAACACAACAUUUAGGAAACACAGGUUUCCAAAUGAAACUGUAACAUUGCAUACAUUGGGAAGUGUGUGUCUCCUAUGUGUCUAUGCUCAGUCUUCGGUCAGAUAAAAAGCUGCUGAACCUGACAGAAAGAAGUCAAAACCAUGUGAGCUGUUCAUGUAGAAAUGCUUCCAUCAUCACUGAUGAAAUCCAGUUUUUGGAGGCUGAUCAGAUAAACACACUCAGAGGACAUAUCAGACUUUGAAACCCUUAAAUGAAAAGCUCCUCUGCCCUAAAAUAUUAAGAAAGCUUUUGAUGUCAGCCCCUCUUCCCUACACCAGUCUCUUGGAAAAUGUGCUCUCCAUCAGUUCAGAUGAGAAUAUUUUUGAUGCUUUUUUUCAUUCUCUGGACGUCAGCUCUUUGGGCGUCAGUCAUCUGCUUACCAGGGGACAGAAAUUACAAGAAAUCAUGCGAUUAACUGUUGGCACGCCGUCCACACAUAAAGAACAUAUGUGGGACUGCUGUAUCUGUGGUAACCUCUUUAAUGUGAUAGGAAAACAGUCAGAUUUUGGCAGCAAAAAAGUGCUUUUGGCAGAUUGAGAUAUUCUCUUUGAGUUAGGUUUGGUUUUCCAAACCUUCAAACAAAAACAAGUGAUCAUAAAUGUGCACAUUUACAGAAGUCUUUCCACUGUGGCCAUCCAAGGUUGACUUUACAAAGGAAUUACAUGCUUUCAUGAGCCUUUAUGCAUUCAAUAUGUGCGACAGCAACAAAGACAUGAUCUGUUUCUGCCUCUGAGAGCUUGUAAAGUGUAACAAAGCAUACACAAGGUAACACUAGAUGCCAUGAUCUUACUGUAGCCUGACCUCUGGGGCGCCACAAACAGCCCAGCAACACCUCCGACUAUAAAUAUGUAAACGCGUUGGCAUGUUCAGGGCUCCUGUUGAGCUCGGAGCCUGUGAAUCAUUCAGCCUAACCCACUCCCUCCUGCAGCACUGCCCCUGUUGGCCUCUUUGGGGAACAGAGAAAGUAAACAAUGUAAAUAAGUCAUGAUGAGCAGGGCUGGUUGGCACACGCUCACACAGUCUCACACUGUUCAGCACUGAGGCGAAUACAGACUGAUCAGGUAAGAGCACUGUUUCAAAUCAAUACAGUGGUUGUGUUUAAAGGCUUUCUAAACAAAUUCAGCUUAACUAAGAUUUUAUGUAUGUGUUAGACCUCUGACCUGGCUGAGUUUGGCUACUCAGUCUAAAUCUAUUGUGCAUCUUCCCGUCACAGGUUACCUGGAUGUUACCUGAUUGUGUUAAAACCACAAAGAUCCUUUUACAGCCUUUAACUUUAAAGAUAUGAGUGGACUUUGGCAGUGGGAGCAGCAGUUUCCUGCAUUCAUCCAGAUGGGUCAGAGAGCUUUACACACUGAAUUAUUACCAUUGCAUACAUCUAAAUGUCAUCUAAAUAAAGGUCUGUCUUUCAAUGCCUGCUCCAUAUCAUUACUUGGUAUAUUCAGUAGUAUCUGAAAUAAAAUAAAAAAAAACAUAAUGAUAAUAAAAAAUAAAGACCCUGGUCAAGAUUUAAGGACUUGUGAUUGAUUUGAUUUAAAGAGGGAUGGAAAUAUGAAACUUCUGCAAAGCUCAUCAAGAAGCAGAUAUUUUAAUGAUCUCUCUAAUAACAUGUUCUCAUGCAUGCUGGAUUCUGUUUGUAAUUUUCAUGGACCGGAUCUCAAGGUGCAGCUCUUUGCAGAUGAUGUGGUUCUGCUGUUUUUUUGGGGGGCUUGGACCUGCUGAAGCUGAGUUGAGAGUCAGCACCUCUAAGUCUAAGGUCAUGGUACUCUGCUGGUAAAUGGGGGACUGCUCUCUCAGGGUGGGGAGCCAGUCUUUGCCCCAGGUUAGGGAGUUCAAGUGUCUUGUCUGGGAAUGAGGGAAAAAUGGAUCAAUAGAUUGUCAGUGUCAACAGUAAUGGGGUUGUUGUACCAGACCAUCAUGGUGAAGAGAGAGUCGAGCCAGAUAACAAAGCUUUGGAUUUACCAGAUUGAUCUAUGGUCAAACCCUCACUGGAAGAAUAAGAUCGUGGAUACAAGCAGCUAAAAUGAGUCUCCUCUGAAGGGUGGCUGGGCUAAGCCUUGUGUUGUAUAUGAAUGCCUGAACAUAUUGGGCUCUAUUUUCGUGCCCACCAGUGGCGCAGCGGAGGGUGGCGGACCCUGUGCAGUGGUAUUUUCGUCUGGCAGAGCCCAGUGCACAGCCAGUUUGGUAUUUUCAUAGACUGAGGCGCACCGAGGUCCGUCAAGCUGGGCGUGGUGGCACGGCAGGGGGAGGUGUUGACAGAAUCAGCUGGCGCAGUGACAUUUUCGUGCCUGCCAGCGGCAUAGAAAGUGCACUGAAAGCUUGCCGAUUUAAACCUGGUCAGCUUUCAGUGCGGGCGAGUGCAGCAGGUCUAGUGGUAUUUUGGUAGACCGGCGGCGUAGUGCACAUGCGUCACCGAUGCCUCACUGGCAGGUUUCCACAGUGUCAGGCACAUUUCAGUGCAAUAAAUAAUCAACAACAGCAAAUAUUCAGAGUCAGCACAUACAUUUAGAUCUAUAUCGAUAUAUUCUGAUCUAUAUCUGAUCUGAUGGCACACAUUUGGACACUCAACUUGACCGAAUUAACACAGCUGAAACUGCAUUAAAUUAAAUUAAAUAUCUGGUAAAUAGGCACACAUGAUGAAGUGAACAAGGUAUUUAAUUCCUCUCCCCCUUCUUUCUAUCUCCCUCUUUCCCUUAUUUCUCGCACAGCUUGACCUGGACACAUGUCCUCUCCCCGUUCUGCUGCAGCUGCUGCGGCGGCUGAACAGAUGAUUUAUUUUAGUGAUCAAAUGAGUAAUUUACUUGAAGCCUACAUACAAAUUUCAUAAUAUUCAGUUUUGUGAGCCAAAUUAUUUUUUUUUGCCAACAUCAAUAAAAGAAAGAGCCAGGCCACGGUGCGUGAUGUGUCAUUCAUGCACAGAUGGUUCCGAUUUUAAUGUCAUUAUUGUGCUGUGCCUAUAUGAGACAGUGUGCAGGACGCCCUCUGCAGCGUUUACAGCGUCACUUGUUGAGGGGCUGCCUUUUGUCGCCAUUGUGUGGCAUUGCUGUCUUCAGACAUCUCUGGAUCUCUUUACCUACUGCACGAAAAUUGUAAUAUGCCUCGCCAGCGGCAGAUUUAAAGGUGAGGAGAGGAGCUUAUCUGAUUGGCGAAAACCGGUCUUGGCUGUGUUAAACUCACUCCACGCCUUCUCCCCUCCCUCUCUACUACUUAAGCCGCUGGGAGGAGCUGAGUUAGGGAGGGGGGAUACUUACGCCGGGACUGUGCCGCUCACCAAAAUACCAAAAUGUGCUUGGGCACACCUUGUUGGCGCGGGGGACAUGGCUUAUGCAGCGCCUACGCCACACCGCUGGCGAGGCACAAAAAUAGAGCCCAUUGUGUUUACUUGCUUACCUUAUUAUGUUCAUGCACCGUAUAUCACAUCUACAGAGAAGCUUCCUUCAUUUCAGUCUGUUUACAUCACACAUUGUUGAGAUUGACUAUAGUGUGAGGAUUUGUAGUGUAUGCUGUCUGAGCUUCUUUUGAUUUCUGCCUGGAUAUUGAAAACGUAUCUAAUCACUGAGGUAGUCUCAUACCUUCACAAUCCAUUUGACCUCAAUGGCAUGCAUGAUUCAGCUGAGGUCAGACAGUUCAACUCUCUCAAACAACGGAAGGGUGUUGUGAAUUUACAUUGACUCUGUAUGUAAUUCACUCACAGGAUGACUUUGAAAUGAAUGAACACAGCAUCCGAGAGGGUGAGAAGGUCAGACAUCAGGACGGAGCUCAGAGUAAAGCUGCUACUUCUUCACACUGCAUGGACUCAGUUGAGGUGGUUUGGGCUUUUGAUAAGGAUGCUUUCUGCACUACUCCAUUUGGAGGUGAUCCAGGCACAUCCAGUCAGUGUAGACCUAGAGAGAGACCUGGAGGAAUCAAAUUUCCCAUCCAGCUUGGGAACUCAAGAAGAAACUGGAAGAGGGGCUGAAAACAGGUCUCGGGGAGAGGGAGACAUGGAUUGACUGAUCAUAAGCAAAAAAAUGGAUGGAAGUAAUAUUAUCUAUUCUGCACUCCUCAGCCUAAGUUUCUACUAUUCAUACUGAUGUAAGUUAAAUGGUGAAUAAAUGAAAUAUGGUGGCAUUGCAAGCUGCAAAAUGUCAACAUAAAUGAUGAAGUCAGAUGGAUAAAGACAUAAUUCUCAGGGACAGUUUUACAGGGUGCACACAAAUUUAGAGCGUGUUUAAACAUAAUUAAACUAGAUGUAGUGUACAACAACAAUACAGAACUAAAAACCAUAUUGCACUGCCUGCCAUCCUCGGUGCAAUGCUCCCCACAGCAGCCCUAACCUUUAGAAUGGUUGGUACUUGUGACUGCCUUUCAGUGUUGUAGGUCGUUUAAGUCGUCCCACCUGCUAAACUACAAAAGAAAAGUUACAUCAAUCAGAAGCUUAUCCCCUCUGUGGUGCUCCAGGCUGUGUGUGACAGCUCUGGAAAGUUCUUGGACACCUACGUGGGAAACACUGGCUCUAUGCAUGAUGUCCUGGUCCUCCGGAGGUCAUCCAUGUAUAAAGAGUCGCUUUAUCCAUCAGCUGGCUACGUCCUACUUGGGGUUGGAGGGUACCCAUGCCUGCGGCAUCCAGUCACCAUCAUAACGCCGUACCACCAGCCCUUAGCAGGUAAGAAAAGACUGAGGAAAAUGUUUAUUACAUCACAUAUCAGUUGUUACUAUGCAUUUGCAUUCUGGGAUUUCUAUCAGAUUGAAACAUUAACAUGAGAAGUACUUAUCUGUAUCUUUCACAAUAAGGCUGCGUUGAGGAACACUUCAACCAGCAUCAUGCCAGGGCCAGGAAUGUGGUAAAGCAAGCCUUAGGCAUGUUGAAGACCCGCUGGAGAGCCAUAUUCUUACAGGCUUUGGAGAUCCCGUCGGUAUUUGCCCCAAAGGUGGUCACAGCCUGCUGCAUCCUCCACAACCUCUGCCUGGCCACAGGCGAUAUCCCGGAGGAGAAACAUCAUGAAGAUGAUUAG